UCUUGUGUGGUCGCCAAUGCCUGCUGUGUUCUUAACAAAUCACACUCUCGUCACGCCGCCGUGCCUCGUCUAUGCUUCUCCGCAUAAACCCAGUCUCCGAUCUGGGAGCUGUGAGCUCGUGGCGUGCUACCACCCUCCUUGCGCCGAGGUUCGCAAGGUGGCCGUUCAGGCAGCAUGAACCUGACUGUUCGUGUGGCCGGCCGCCAAAGCGGCCGUCAACGGAUGCACAAUGGUCCGCGUGAUCCUCGACCCAGUCUUCAAUGGCGAGCGAACCUUACUGGAUUGUCACAAGUCCAUAACCUGUAUUUCGUCGCUUACGGCCCUGAUAUUCAUGUAUACGAGCCGCAAUAUCCAACCCAGGCUGUCUCCAAAAAUCCAUUACUCUUCUUCACCUCUUCGCCAUCAGCUCCUGGAUUGGCAGGCUACAUAGACCCGACGAACCCACACGCUAUCAACAACCUGGUCGUGCAAUUUCUCGGAAACGAGGAAGUCGUUGCGGUCGUGCGAGACGAUGGAGACGUCGACGCCUUUCUCAUUCGCCACGUCGUCGGCGCCAUUGCAAGGAGAGCCGAGUCCUCCAUGUCAUAUCCACCAUUCGAAGAUGGCAUUCGACCCUUCUUUCAAGCUAAUGUCGAAAAGUCUGCCUGGGGUCUGUCCAUUCAUGCACAAGCAAGGGUCCUUGCAGUGUCCUCGAAUGCGCAUGAAGUGAGGGUGUUCAAAUUCGGCUUACUUCAUGCGCACGACCCAGACUCGAGCGAGCAUGAAGACGACGCUGCAACGGCCGACCGGGCGACAGACGUCACCCAUCAAAUCCUCAACGGCGAGGCCAAUAUUCCUUACAUCUCUUUCUGCAACACCGGCGACGAUCCAGAAGGUCGUUGGCUCUUGACCACCGACAUCAGCGGCGAGUGCCGAGUGAUGGAUUUGCGAGCUCUAAAAACCGUGCAACACUUUCGUUUGGGAGGCUCACGGCACUUCCUGUCCUGGUAUGAUCAUAACUUUGAUCGGAAUCAUGCCGGCUGGCUUAUCAUGUUUCUCGAUCGACGCUCGUUCCAGGAGGCCGAGACCGUGAGCGAAGCGCUGGGGUUGAUGGCAGGAGAGAUGCCACCCAAUCUCAAGCGCAAUCCGAUGAUGUGGGAUCUGAGCGGCACUGUGCAACACUUACCAGGAUAUGAGACUCCUCUCAUUUACAGUAAUGAGUCUACUGACGGACGGAGGAGACGAGAUGAAGAUCCCAGGCCAGGAAAUGACCAGCGUGCUCCUGCAUGGGUGCAACUUGUUGACGAAGAUGAGAGAGACGACGUUGACAGUGACCAGGAAGCGCCACUAGAGAUUGAAAUCGAGAUCAACGAUCCCAUGUCAGAAGACGAAUCUCAAGAGGAGCCAUCGUAUACGCUCAAUCCGACAGAGGCACAACCUCAUGCCACAAUUCUAGGCCCCUCCGAAUCCCCAACCAGCCCCAUGUCAUACGAAUCAGACAGCGAAGGCAGCCCAUCUUCAAUCCCCAUCAUCGACGACGCCUCCGACCCCGACGCCGAACCCGUCGAGGACCCCACCCACAUCCCCUACAAUGCGCUCUACAACGGCCAAGCAAUCUCCUCCAACACCCCCAAGUACGCCAUUGAUCACGACCAGCCCUUCUGCGCCGACCUACCAUGUCCAAUCCUCCACGCUUCAGUGCGGGACAUCUACCUCCUGCAGCCCUCGCACCAAGCAACCCAGCGCGGCCCGCACGCGCCUCCAACGCUCGGCUUCGCCAAUCCGCUCCGCCAACGCAUCGACCACCGCAUGGCUUUUCUUCUGCAUUUCCAGCGACUGAACAUGACCGCUUACAUCCCAGACUUAGGCGCGGUGAUCAUUGCGUCCCAAAAGGGGCGAGCGAUCGUUCUCGCCCUGACGAAAAUCACGGCCGAGACAGAGUGGGAAGAGGAAAUGCUCCUCGCAUCCUCCUCCACUCCCGGCGCCGCGUCAGGCGGCAGUGUAGGAAAGCAAGGGUCGAAACAGCAUCGGCCCCCGCCGUGGACGCAAAAGACCAUCUACGCGAUGCGCGUGCAGUGCAUUCUACCCUUUGCCGAGCAGGAGAAGGCGCAUGAGCGGCCUUUUGCGCCGCUGCAUGGACUUGCUGCUGCGCCUUUGCAGGGGUGCGAGGCGGGCAGGCAGAGGUGGAGGGUGCUGAUGAUGUAUCAGGAUCAUUCCGUGCUGAGUUAUGAGAUUUCGCGGGGUAGGGCGGAGGCUGGUGGUAUUGGGGUUGAGGCGGUGGCGGUUUGAUGUGGGAUGUAUGAUGAUAUUGCUAUACUUGGUUCACGAUUCACGAGUGACGAACGGGCUGGGUUGGGUGGCA